CUGCCCCCGCGGCGCUGAGCGGCCCCGGGCCCUUCCCUUGGGGGGACCCCACCCCGGGACCCCCCCCCCCCAAUCCAGGAGCCAUGGCCGGGGCCAUCGCGUCCCGAAUGAGCUUCAGCUCCCUCAAGCGCAAGCAGCCCAAAACCUUCACGGUGCGGGUCGGCACCAUGGACGCCGAGAUGGAGUUCAGCUGCGAGGUGAAGUGGAAAGGGAAGGACUUGUUCGACCUGGUGUGCAGGACGCUGGGGCUCCGGGAAACCUGGUUCUUCGGGCUGCAGUACACCAUCAAGGACACGGUGGCUUGGCUCAAAAUGGACAAGAAGGUUCUGGAUCACGAUGUGCCGACCGAGGAGCCUGUCACCUUCCACUUCCUAGCCAAGUUUUAUCCUGAGAACGCAGAGGAGGAGCUGGUCCAGGAAAUCACACAGCACUUGUUCUUCCUGCAGGUGAAGAAACAGAUUUUGGACGAGAAGAUCUACUGUCCUCCCGAAGCUUCUGUCCUGCUGGCCUCCUACGCCGUCCAAGCCAAGUAUGGGGACUACGAUCCCAACGUCCACAAGCGAGGCUUCCUGGCGCAGGAGGAGUUGCUUCCAAAGCGGGUAAUAAACCUAUACCAGAUGACCCCGGAGAUGUGGGAGGAGAGGAUAACAGCCUGGUAUGCAGAGCACCGAGGCAGAGCAAGAGACGAAGCAGAAAUGGAGUAUUUGAAGAUAGCUCAGGACUUGGAGAUGUAUGGAGUGAACUAUUUUGCAAUUAGGAAUAAAAAGGGCACUGAACUGCUCCUUGGAGUUGACGCCUUGGGUCUUCACAUUUACGACCCAGACAACAGGUUGACCCCCAAAAUCUCCUUCCCGUGGAAUGAGAUCCGGAACAUCUCCUACAGCGAUAAGGAGUUUACGAUUAAGCCGUUGGACAAGAAGAUUGAUGUUUUCAAAUUCAAUUCAUCAAAGCUGCGUGUGAAUAAGCUGAUCCUUCAGCUGUGUAUCGGCAACCACGAUCUCUUCAUGAGGAGGAGGAAGGCAGACUCGUUGGAGGUCCAGCAGAUGAAAGCGCAGGCGAGGGAGGAGAAAGCCAGGAAGCAGAUGGAAAGGCAGCGCCUGGCCCGAGAGAAGCAGAUGAGAGAAGAGGCUGAGAGGACGAGGGAUGAGCUGGAGAGAAGGCUGAUGCAGUUGAAGGAGGAGGCGACGAUGGCCAACGAGGCUCUGAUGAGGUCUGAAGAGACAGCAGACUUGCUGGCUGAGAAGGCUCAGAUCACAGAGGAGGAGGCCAAGCUCCUGGCUCAGAAAGCAGCAGAGGCUGAGCAAGAGAUGCAGCGGAUCAAAGCCACGGCCAUCCGGACGGAGGAGGAGAAGCGGCUGAUGGAACAGAAGGUGCUAGAGGCAGAGAUGUUGGCACUGAAAAUGGCCGAGGAGUCGGAGAGGAGGGCAAAGGAGGCCGAUCAGCUAAAGCAAGACCUUCAGGAGGCUCGGGAGUCUGAGCGGAGAGCAAAGCAGAAGCUUUUGGAGAUCACCAGCAAGUCGUCCUACACGCAGUCCAUGAACUCCAGCACGACAGCGCUGCCCACGGACCUGCCGAGCUUCAACCUCAUCAGCGAGAGCCUGUCCUUCGACUUCAAGGAUACGGACAUGAAGAGGCUGUCCAUGGAAAUUGAGAAAGAGAAGGUGGAGUACAUGGAGAAAAGCAAGCACCUGCAGGAGCAGCUGAACGAGCUGAAGACCGAAAUCGAGGCGCUGAAACUGAAGGAGAGGGAGACAGCCCUGGAUAUAUUGCACAACGAGAACGCCAGCCGAGGCAACAGCAAGCACAACACUAUUAAAAAGCCUCAAGCCCAGGGCAGAAGACCUAUCUGCAUUUGAGACUGCCACCUAGGUUAUUCCGAGCUCACACUACAGAGCACCAAGUCCCGCGUGGCCUUCUUCGAGGAGCUGUAGGACGCCGCCCUCACCGCCCUCCGGCCCCAGUGCCCGCGCCGGGCAUCGCCGCGGCUGCGUCCCGCGUCCCGCCAUCCCGCCCCGGACCGCGACACCUCCACCUCGGCGUGUGCCGACCCUCCUCCUCCCUCCCUGCUUUGGGUUUUUCCAGCCUCUCCUGCCUUUUGCCUUUUUAUUUUUUUCUAUCUUUUUUUUUUUUUCCCUUAUAUUUUGCAGCACGGGGCUGGGGCCGCAGCGGAGGAGCAGGACGGGGGGCUCCUGUUAGCAGCCCCCAGCGGGGGGCUUCUCCUCCUCGUCCUCCUCCUCCUCCUCCUCCUCCUCAUCCGGGAUCCUGGCAGAGAGCAAUCGCGGCCCCAGUUUUGGCUGUGGGGAGGCAGCGGGUGCCCCCUGGGCCCCACCGAGGUGCCCCCACCUCUGUGCCUUUUGCCUGGGUGCUGCAGCCCCAGCUCCGUGCCCUCCCGAUCCCCCAGCAGCUCACCCCGCACCCUGCCCCUUCCCCAUGGGGGGAGCAGGACCAGGAGCCCCCAAACACACGCAGGGACCCCGCCCCCCCAUCUCCUCCACAGCCCCCCAGCUGCUGCUCCCCCCACGCCUGACUCCUGGCCACCUCCAGCCCUGCCUCCCUGUGCAAACUGGGGGUCCCGUCCCCAAAACAGUGGGGGUCUUGUCCCCAAAACACACCCCAGGUCCCAACCCUGGCCACCCGCACUGCGCCUGCCCCACAAAAAGCCCCUGAGCGAGGUCCCUGGCGCAUCCCUGUGGCUCCAGCCCCGCUCCUGCCCCUCUGUGGGGAUCUGGGGGGCUCCCAGCGCCCCAAUUCCUCCCUCACCCCCCAAGGAUGGAGGCGCAGCCCCCCCGGGCAGAGCGUGCCCCAAACCCUCUUUAUUUAGCAUCUUGCUGCCUUGUGGCGACCCUGCACGAUGCGCGUCUGCGGUUCGGAUGGGUUUGGGUUUGGGUUUGGGUUUGGGUUUGGGUUUGGGUUUGGCCGUGGCACAGCGUUUUUCUAUCCCCGUGGAUCGUUGUACUCCGAAGAAAUAACGUUUUUUUU